AUGAUAAUUUAUCGUCAACCUACCUGUGGAGUUGUGGAAGAAAGGGGAAAGGCUUUGACAAGUGAGGGCGUCAGUUUCACAGCGGAAGUUGUAUACAAUCGUGUAUCCAAUGGCAACUUUUACAGAGAACUUGCGAACAAAACUACAGUCCACGUUGAACGCCGUGCAUUGCAGGUCCCUUACAAGUUAGAAGUGAUUGCUUUGACUAGAAUCAUCAUUAAACUGGGUGUCUCAGUUUUCCCAUAUUCUGGCAAAAAUCAACCUCCAAAAUUUGGAGAUUAUGAAGCUCAAAGACAUUGGAUGGAAAUUACGGUUAACUUACCCAUACAGGAUUGGUAUAGAAAUACAACAGACACUAAUUUAUUGUACUGGGGACUGGAUUACCCUCCUCUCACAGCAUAUCAAAGCUACCUAACUGGAUUGGUGGCUAAGAAAAUCAACCAAGACUAUGUUAAACUCCAUGUGUCGUGGGGAUUUGAAAACUUUGACAACCAACAUUUCAUGAGGAUGUCCGUCCUUGUGUCUGAUUGUCUUUUCUUUGUCAGUGCACUUUAUUUUUACAUUAGAAGCUUGAAGAUGAGUAAUAAGUACAAAUGGGUUUUCUUUGCUUUGUACUCACACCCUGGACUUACCCUUAUAGAUUAUGGUCAUUUUCAGUACAAUUGUGUUUCGUUGGGGUUGACCUUGUGGGCAAUCAUUUUUGUUUCUCAGGGAAAGAAUGUGUUAGCAGCAAUUGCCUUUUCAGCUGCCUUAAACUUUAAGCAGAUGGAGUUGUAUCAUGCAAUACCUAUCUUCUUCUAUUUGCUGGCUUCCUGUCAACCUAAAGGUUCCUCACUUCCCUCCCAACUAAAGAAUUUGGUCCAGAUUGGCGCUGCCACAGUGGCGACCUUUGCAAUCAUUUGGUAUCCAUUUCUUCAAAUUCAUGAUGGGCUUUUACAGCAAGUCAUCGUCAGAAUCUUUAUUCCUUUUCAGCGUGGAAUCUUUGAAGACUAUGUCGCCAAUUUUUGGUGCACACUAAAUGUUGUGAUCAAAAUCAAAAGACUAUUAAACCCAACCUCAAUCGCCUCGGGAACUAUCACCUAGGUCAUCUCCGUGCCUGAAAGAAAAGUCAGGACGUUGAUUCGAACGGAUUCGAAUGCAACGAGCACUAAGUACGGUCACAUUAUUGGAGGAAUGACCGUGUGCUUGGUUCGUGAUUUGGAGUCACAAGUGAUAGCUGCAAGCUGAUAUCACUCGAACCACUGUACCAACCCGACUAAGCGAAUACUUACCUACCAUACUUACCAUACGAAACUUGCUUCAUCAAGUCUUUUAUACUGUCUCAUAGAUGAUCCAAAAAGGCUACAGCUCAUUAUGGCGUCAGUUUAGCUUUAAUGCUAAAUUUCGCAAACACGGUGAACUAGAUUGACAAUAAUAAAAAAUGAACUUUA